AUGACCUACCAAAUCACCACCGACCCCACUCUCCUCCCCCCCAAUGCCCAGCCCAUGAUCUCCUUCAUGGAAUCCUUCUACCAAACCAGCGACACAGAAGCCUGGCACGACAAAUACGUCGCCAGCUUCACGGACGACGCAACCCUCAUCAUGGGCCCGAAGGUCGCCACCGGAGCGGACGAGAUCCGCGCCUUGCGCCACGGGCUCUGGACGCACGUUGCGGCGCGGAAGCACGCGCCAAGCAAGAUCUUCUUCGGGGGACCGCGGGAGCUUAUGCUGUAUGGCACGGUGAAAUGUCUUCAUCUGUCUCGGCAUGAAACGUUUCGUCCUGAUAACACAACACCCGAGGAGGGUACUCUCCGCGUGGCUCCAUUUGGUCACGAUCAUGAUAGCGAAUAUAGACAAGAGUAG